GAAUCCACGUGACGCUCUCGGUGUACGGCUCCGUGGUUAAGGACCCCUGUGUGAAGAUUGACGAUUGCGCUUGUGGGUGGAAUUAUUCCAUCAAGCAGCUGCAGAUGUUAACCCAUGAGAAAGACGUGACGAUGUACGGCGAGAAAAUCCUGUCUGCUAUAUUAGACAAGCUACUAAGAAUAGAAAAGGAACUAAAAGAGAAGCCUGCGGGUGCGACCAAGCAGUCGAAGGAAGAGAAGAAAGGCAGCAAGUCGUCAAAGAGCAGUAAGUCAAAAAAGGACAAAAAGGCGAAAAAAAGCGAGUCGUCUGAAAAAGAGCCUGAAAUAACAGAACCCAAAGAGCUUAGACCUGAACAGCCAUACGAGUACUCCAACCAGCUACAACUUCAAAACACGUUGCGAAAAUUCGACUCCCCCGUCAUUAUUAACACGGACCGGGAAAAAUUCGCCGCUUGUUUCCACGUACUGGGCGCCUACUUUAACAAAAUGUGUCACGAGUUGAGUGAUCUCGAAAUCCGAAAAAAUAUUCCAAAAACGAGUUUUUAUCCAGUUGCCAAAAAUAAACUAGUUCAUUUAAGUGCGUACCCGGAGCGCAAGGUCUACGAAUACUUCGAGCAGAACUACGUUCCUGCGCACGAGUAUGACGACUAUUACCCGUUCGAAACGAAGAAGAAACCGAAGAAGUUGAGGGACAUCCCGAGCGAGGACGUGGAGGCUACUUAUGUCGCUUAUUUCAACAAGCCGCUGCCGAAAAAGAGCGACACAGGGGAUAAAAAGAAGAAGAAAGGUGACAAAGGUAAAAAGAAGAAAAAAGACGACAAAAAGUCUAAAUCUAGUAAAAAAAGCUCGAUACCCUCCGGGAAGAAGGGCAAACAGUCGAAAGAAAAGUUGGUCAGGAAGGAAGUGUCCAUCGUGAGUUUUAACCCAUAUGGUGAGGAUUUUCAAUAUGUUGCGGAGAAUGAACCGGAGGAGGAGUUCAAACCAGGUGAAGACGUGGUUCUGUUGAAGGCAGAAGAGGAAGAUUACCAGUAUAAUCAGUACCUUAUAGUUUACUCGUGUUUGGGGCAUGCGGUAGAUGCUCUUGUCGACACCUUGGAAUCUUUCGAAUGCGUGGUACCGUAUCCUACCAUAGAUGUUAUCCAAUCCCAGUUUCCACACGACGGUCCAGAGCCGGUCAAAAAACCAGAAACAGAAUCUUGUGGUGGCGAACCACCAAAGAUUGAAGAUCUUGUGGAACGAAAAGAAGUCAAAUAAACAG